UCGAUCCAGCUGAUGCGAGACGAGCAUGCAAGUCCCUCGCUGUGCUUCCAGCCAACCCCUUGCAGUGUCUCGUGACUAUGGCACCCUCGUACGAGGACCUGGAUUGGACGCGACUGAUGAAGCUAACGUUCCGAGUCGAGUUCGUCAAAGAUUGGCUAGUAAAUAUAGGAGUAUGGGGAUUCACUAUUUCCUGGGUUUUCCCUGUGUCUAUCCUUGUUGGUCUGGUUUCCAUACAGAACAUCAGCAGCUUCUGGCCUCAGUUGAGUACGUAUCUUGACAAGCACCCGUGGGAAGAAGAGGUGCUGCAAUCAUUCGUACCGACGGUGCUAGUUUCCCUUUUGUCUCUCCUGAUUCCUUUAUUAUUGCUACUGAUUGCGAAGAAAGCGCAUACGAUAGCUACUCUGUCCACCCUACACGACCGAAUCAUGACUCGGUACUACAAGUUCCUCAUUGUCAACGUCCUGGUUUUCUUCUGUGUUGGAACGGCGACCUUGCAGUCAUUUCUUGUGUCCCUCAGCUCUACAUCGGGCCUGCAAGUGAUACAGAUUGUGGCGGGUAGCUUCCCAACCGCAGGACCAUUCUAUGUUGGAUGGCUGAUUUUUACUACUGCAAUGCAUGGAGGAAUCGAGCUCGCGCUAUUUGGACUCCCUCUGCUGUUAUAUCCAUCUACGAAACGGCAGCUGACCCCUCGCAAACGGGCCAUCGGCAUACGCCCGCGUACCUUCAACUAUUAUUACUGGCUACCGAACCAUGUUCUAGUUGUACAUGUGGUGCUAGUGUUUGCGGUUCUCAAUCCUCUGGUGAUCCCGUUCAGCUUCGUCUACUAUUGCGUUGAAGCUACGGUCAUUCGGAAUCAGCUCUUGCAUGUGUAUGCGAAGAACUACGAGGGCAACGGACAAAGGAUCUUGAUCAGGAUUAUCCGAUACUCUUGCGACGGGCUAAUCUUGGCACAGGUUGUUUUCUUAGCCUACAUGGUCGUCCUCAAGAAAACAGUCAAUAUCGCAGUAUCGGCCGUCCUCGUAGUGCUAACAGCCGGCGGCAAGCUGCUCUUGACCAGACUGUGCAGAGCCAAAUUCGAGUGCGACGAUCUCCUCGAGGCACAAAUUUUCUGUGGGACAGGAAGUGCCACUGAAGAGUUACUCGAUGAAGUGCAGCCUAUCGAGAAUGACGCUGCUGAGGCAGAUUCACUGAAGAGGACUCGGCAGCAUAAAGGCUCGCAUACAUUGCCCGCGCGAGUUCACCCGACUCGUUUUCCUGACAGGAUCGAUGAUGGCCAUGCUACAAUUCCGAGACGGCCAUACCAUAGGACACGCAGAGGGUCUAUUCCAUUUGGAUCUUCGCAACUGGGUCUUAUGGAGGACGCUAAGGAGAUCAAGGCCGUCAGUGGCAGUUCUCCCGUCAUUAAUGACGGUAGAGAAUGCGGAUUUGACGGAAAGGCCGAGGUUUCCGUUUCCGAGCGGGCUCUGCCGUCCAAGCCUGUGAUGCCACAUCCUCCGCAUCCUGCAUGGGACGACGAGUCCUCUCCGGACGUUCCAUACGACAACCCAUAUUACAUCCGUCCGAUUCACGACGAGCUGUGGCUGCCGCGUGACCCGCUCGGCCCUCUCGACCUCGACGACACGGUCAACGUCCACUUGUGCUUGACGACGCAGCCCGGUUCCGCCAGGCUCGGCGCAUGGCGGGAGGACGAGUAUAUCGCUUCAGGCGUCUCUUCCAUUCUGGUCAGCCGAGGGAGUGCAGGUGGAACAGGCGUUCGUGCCUAUAAUGCCAUGGCUCCGUUAAGACGACUUAACGGCAAUGAGAAGAUCGAGUUGCCGCCGGAGAUCGAGUCUCGUUUGCAGACGUUGGACAGAGAGGGCGAUGCGGAAGUGGGCAUGGCUUCUUGGCCGCCUCAUAGGCAGCACGGAUGGCGACAGUGGAACAGCAGUGGCCGGUAUUCAUCGCUGGAACUCGGCUUGGGGGAAUCCAUCGUGCCAGGUCGGAACGCAUCGCGAGGCCUGAGAUCGACUCUCCGCCAUGGUCUCCCAUCCACAUUCUUUACGUUCCCGCGUCGUUUGCGCCAGGUCCGCUUUGAUUCUACGGACGAAGAGAUGGACGUGCGGCAAGGAGAGCACUUGGCUCCAGCUGUUCCUGACGGGCUGCCGGUUACGAGUACUGGAAUGAGCGCUGUGGGCGGAGUUGUCUUCCUUAGGGAGGCGGUGGUCGGUGAGGUUAUUGUAGAGGAGGAGGCAAUGCAGGAUCGCCUGAGGUACGAGGAUCGCCUGAGGUACGAGGAGGCUGAAGAAGAGAGGAUAGAAGAGCCGCGUUCCUGGUGGGCAUCUUGGGUAUUCGCCGGCGGGCAGUGAACCUUUUGUUCCGGUCCUAGUCUUUUUCUCCUGGAUACUGUUUCUGAGACUUUUUGCGAGGACAUGUGCAAUUGAUCACUGUAAAUUCAUCUGAUGUCUCUUAUGUAUCACUCUGACAUCAGGCUCCCGAAAGU